CUUUCAGAAAGUCUUCAGCUCCAGUGUGAUAAAAAGCACAUCACAGCACAUGUUGGAGGUGAACUCAAUCUAAUCUGCAAUUAUGAUCCAAACCUAUUCCGGUACAGUAAGAAGUACUGGUGCAAAGGGCACUCGAGAAGCACCUGUACGAUUUUGGUGGAUUCAGAUAGUAAAACUGACAACGCUCACAGGUCUCACAUAGAAGUAAGGAGCGGAUUGCUGCGUGUGAAGGUCAAGGAUCUCACGCUUCACGACGGUGGUGUGUACUGGGUCGGGAUCGACAAAAUGUAUGCUGACAUCAUGACGUCCAUUGAUGUUAUCAUCACUGAUGGUAAGAAUGCCUCACAAUAUCAGGAAGGACACAUUCUCCCUUUGACAGUCCCGGUGUCCAAACCCAUGCUUCGUCCCCUGAGCUCUCUGGAGGACCGGCUCACCUGCCGGGGGAACCCACUGACAGUGCGCUGCGGUCCAACUAAGGGCACCAGCGUUGAUUACGCGUGGCACCGACGCACACUACACAACUAUUUUGUGCUUCAGUACUCGCCAGACUUAUACCUGACAUGCGGCACGCUAUGGAAGGACAGCGAGUAUUACUGCACAGCAAAAAAUGGCAUAAGCAGUCAGGAGAGUGACGUCCUGUCUGUGAAGGUGCUGAUGCCUGCAGAGCGAGGCUGUAAAUAUGUGGUUACGUUGCGGGGUAAGAACCGAUGUUGCACUAACUCACUAAAACAAGACUAAGUAAAAGCUGCUGUAAAGAUUCUGAGUCUAAACAAUAGCAACUGUUAUCCAUACUUCAUAUACUAAAGCCCUAGUGUGUUUGAUUUGACAUUGGUGGCUUAGCAACCCUCAGAGACAUGGCACGUUGACAAUGGGCUUGUUUGACAUAAGAAAUCAUAGUAUAAAAACAAACAAAUGGGCGCUUCAGAUAUGAAUACACAAUACACUUUGGAAAUGGGCUUGGCAGAAUGGAUUGAUUGCGAACUGAAAUCUUUACCGCACAAAGUCCAAGCACAUAAAAUAAUUCCAAUGUGAUGUGUGUUGUUGUUCGAUCAUCAGAACAACCCUUUUACGACUGUGAGGACAAAAUGAGCACCGCCACGGCCACAGCUCCACCUCCCACCACCCGCCAAGUUACCACGACGAUCCACUCUGACACAACAAAAGGGUCUUUUACAAUCAAUCAAACUGAUCAAGAUCCGUUUUUCAGCAGGUUAGUCUACACUAUGAAGUACUAUAUUAUAUUUUUGGAUUAAUUCACUACGGUUCUCUACUCGGUCUUUAGAGCAAAUAACAGAUAAACAAAUAAAUAACAACUAUGGCAAAGAUUUAGCCGGGCCCAAUGUCCAUGUGCACUGUGCACACAUUGUGUGUAAAUAAAUAAUAAAUGUAUCUAUAAAGUUUUGUUGUCUUUCAAAAACAAUCACUAAUCACAUCUUUGUUUUCACAGGGCUUGGACAGGAGUGCCGUUUUGGUAUACACUGCUCCGUUGGGGCUCUUUUGCGUCCCUAUUGAUAGUUUUGUGUGUCAUACUCAAAUGCACAAAAAGAAGACGCAAAAGUGGCAAAAGGAAGAGGAGGGCUUGUACCAGGGUUGUGGCCCAGUUGGCUCAUUGACCUCAUUUUCACAGCGGUAGUUCUGUAGAAGUCGUAUAAGCUUGUGGCACAUUUGUUUAUGGUUUAACGAUUGGUGAAGAGUCAUGCACAUUCAGCAUGUCCGUCACAGCGCUCUAUUGCAGCAUUCAUUAUCACAGACAAUUAAGUCAGACUAGAGACCUGUUUAACCUACCAGGGGGUGAAGAGAAGCGGAAUGAUCUGCCACGACAUCGUCGUGCUCAAUUAUAUCGGUUACUAUGAUAAUAUUGGGUUUGUUACAUAAUAUUAGAAAGCAAUAGUUCAAAGAAAGGAUUCCUUUUCAAUGCCAGCUGGGAAAGAUGACUAUGACAAUGGAUGGGAAAGGAGACCAGUUGUUGCUCUGCUUUUCAUUUCAUUUCCUUUCUUUGUUAACUUUUAUCAGAACAAACAUAUGCAAUUAGCCUCAGUGUUUAUUUUCAUUCCAGCAUGUUCACAGCAGGAAGCAAACCCACAGAUCCUGAACAAAGGGCGUCUCUCAUCUCUAAAAUGCUCAAAUAAUGUCCAAGCACUCGCACUGACUUUGAGUAUGUUGGCUUUAAGUUGAUACACAUAAUCUUUGACAUACAAUCCAAUGAAAGUAUGUGUGUAAUUAUAAUACAUGUAAAUAAAGCGUACUGUUUUUGCAGAUUGUGUUUCAGUAAGUGUACCAAGGUAGAGUUUAUGAGUGACGCAGCCAUAUAAGGAUAGUUUAUCAGAGUCUAAAGAAAUACAAAUACCUCUCCAUUUAUUUGUCAUCCUAUCUGUUGCUGAUGUUGAAUGAUGAUUCAGCGGCGAAGUGUUUUAUGGCAUGGAUGUUUACUGUCUACGUUUGUUCAAUAAAAAUCCAGAGAUUU